AAAAGGCUCCAAUGAACAUGCGUCUAAAAACGAUUCGCGCCACUUUUCAAAAUUCUCUGCGUGGGUGGGCGGAAUUUGAACCCAAUUGGCCGAAGAGUUCAAAGAAAUUUAAAACUAGAUGGGGCGGAUAGGAGAGAAAUACAGAUUGGGUUCCGGGCCAAUCCGGUGACGCCUGCAACCGCUCUAGCCAACCAGGCGCAGAUACUCGGUAUAAAUAUUGGCCGCUGCGUUCCCUUCUCCACUCGCUGGAGUCAGCAAACAGUCCCUGUGAUGGCUCGCACCAAGCAGACCGCUCGCAAGUCCACCGGCGGCAAGGCGCCGCGUAAGCAGCUGGCCACCAAGGCUGCCCGCAAGAGCGCACCGGCCACGGGCGGCGUCAAGAAGCCGCACCGCUACCGGCCCGGCACGGUGGCGCUGCGCGAGAUCCGGCGCUACCAGAAGUCGACGGAGCUGCUGAUCCGCAAGCUGCCGUUCCAGCGGCUGGUGCGCGAGAUCGCGCAGGACUUCAAGACGGACCUUCGCUUCCAGAGUUCGGCCGUGAUGGCUUUGCAGGAGGCGUGCGAGGCGUACCUGGUGGGUCUGUUCGAGGACACGAACCUGUGUGCGAUCCACGCCAAGCGUGUCACCAUUAUGCCCAAGGACAUCCAGCUGGCGCGCCGCAUCCGCGGCGAGAGGGCUUGAGCCCCAAGACUUUCUCACUCCUUUACCCAAAGGCUCUUUUCAGAGCCGCCUUC